AUGAGUCAUCCCUUCGAGGUCGCCGGCAUCGAUUUUGCGGGACCAGUAAUGUUGAAGCGAAGAAGGAACUACCACAAGGGCUACAUUGUCCUCUUCACUUGUGCCGUCACAAGGGCUGUGCACCUAGAGCUGUGCGAGGACAUGUCGGCGAUCAAGUUCUUGCAAGCCUUCCGAAGAUUUACAGCUCGUAGGGGAAUCUGCCAAACCACCUACUCUGACAAUGCCUUGGCGUUCAAAAAGGUCGCAAGAGAAAUUCGGGACAUACAGAGGAUCUUAACGGACCCACUAGUGCAGGACUAUUCUUCACGUAACGGAAUCCGCUGGAAAUUCAUACCGGAGCGCGCACCAUGGUGGGGUGGCUUUUAUGAAAGACUGAUAAGAUCCGUAAAAUCAGCAUUGAGGAAAACCCUGUCCAGGAACGUCGUAGACUUCAUCGAAAUGCAAACUCUGCUGGCUGAGGUGGAGGCGCUGAUGAACUCAAGACCUAUAACCUUUGUUUACAACGAAAACUCCGAGCCGACACCACUCACUCCAGCAACCAUGAUAAUGGGAAGACGUCUACUCGCACCACCAUCGACGGAAUCCACCACAUCGCGGAACACAUUCCAUGACUCAUCGUCCACGAAGAUAAGGGAGACAUGGAAAAGACAGCUGCACUACCUCAAUGCAGUAUGGAAUAGGUGGCAGCAAGAAUACCUCUCGGAACUACGUUCUGCAUACCACUCCAAAGGGGCAAACGACUGCGACGUUCGAACACGGAGAUGUAGUUCUCGUCAAAGAGCCCAACUGUCCCAGGCUUCAAUGGAAAAUGGCCCUCGUUGA